UUGAAACCUUCUCAGCAAUGUCUUAUAAAGUUUUUUCUCUGUUUUCAUUCACUCUCCUCCUUCUUCUCCUUCUUCCUCUCCAUUCCCAUGCAACUUCAAGAAACAUCCAUGAUAAAAAAUUAUCACCGUUUGAGUUUCUCAAACAUCUUCAAGGAUGUCACAAGGGAGAGAAGGUCAAAGGCAUCCAUAACCUCAAAGCCUACCUUGAGAAAUUUGGUUAUUUGAGCUAUAACCAUUCUCAAAAUCAAACUCAUACCAAUGAUGAUGAUUUUGAUGAACUCUUGGAAUCCGCCAUUAAAACUUACCAACUUAAUUACCAUCUCAACGCCACAGGGUCAAUGGAUGCCAACACAGUAUCAACAAUGAUGAUGCCUCGUUGUGGGGUGGCAGAUAUCACCAAUGGUACAAAUUGGAUGCGCUCAGGCAAGAAGAAACAUCACCACCACCAUGGCUCUUUUCAUACUGUCUCUCACUAUUCUUUUUUCCGAGGAAAUCCCAAGUGGCCAACUUCUAAGUACCAUCUAACCUAUGGAUUUCUCCCUGGCACCCCAACUGAAGCAAUAAGUCCCAUCGCAAAAGCUUUUGAAACGUGGGCUGCAAACACACACUUCAAGUUCUCAAGGGCUCAAGAUCAAACCAAUGCAGAUCUCAAAAUUGGUUUCCAUAGGGGGGACCAUGGAGAUGGGGCCCCUUUCGAUGGAGCUGGUGGAACCCUAGCCCAUGCUUUUUCACCGACUAAUGGGCGAUUUCAUUAUGAUGCAGAUGAAAAAUGGAGUGUGGGAGCAGUCCCAGGUUCAUAUGACUUGGAGACAGUUGCCUUGCAUGAAAUUGGGCACCUUCUUGGGUUAGGGCAUAGCGAAGUUGAAGGGGCCAUCAUGUGGCCUGCCAUACGUUCAGGAGUGACCCAAGGUUUGCAUAGGGACGAUAUUGAUGGCAUUAAAGCCUUAUAUAAUUUUUAAGUGUUCAAGGAUUUGCAAUAUGCAUUUAUUAGCGGGUAGAGAAUAAAGCAUAGUGCAAAUACAUGGCACUGGGACUAUGAAACAUGAAGAGAGAAAGUAAAGUUUUAACCUACUCAUGGUAGAAA